AUGGGUUCAGUUUCAGGACUUGAGCUGCGGCAAGUGAUUGGCCACACAGCUAGCAAUGGCAACGGGCUGGCCUCCUGCCCCGCCAAUGAGGACGUGGCAUAUGCUGCCGGCUGUGUGGUUGUUGUCUACAAUGCUGCAAACAACAGCCAGACGUCCUUCUACACGAGCUCCAAAGCGAACAAGGCGAUCGCAAGCGUGGCCUACUCACAGUCAGGGAGGUUCCUGGCAGCUGGCGAGGCAGGCCACCAGCCUGGAGUCCUCGUCUGGGACACCACGACAAAGGCCUGCGUCGCAGAACUCAAGGGGCACCGCUAUGGCAUUGCCUGCCUCAGCUUUUCCCCCCCUGGAAAGCAUCUCGUCUCCGUCGGCGCCCCCCACGACGGCCAAAUCUGCAUCUGGGACUGGAAGAACGGGGUGCUCCUGGCAAAAGUGCGUGCGGCAGCGGCUGCAGCACCGAUCUCCACGCUUGCGUUCUCUGCUGACGGGGCAUUCUUUGCUACUGGGGGGGUCAAGCACGUGAAAUGCUGGCCGGUGGGGGGGGUAGCCUGUCAACGCCUGAAGUCUGCUCCAGGCGGGGGGUUGGAGAGCCGGGCGGUGGCGCUGGGGGCGCAGAAGGAGGCGGACAUUGUGAGCUUAGCAGCAGGUCCGAGUCCAAACUCUCCCGGGGGGAAAGUGAUAGAGGAAAAUGGAACAAUGUACGGAGUCACCGCCCCCGGCAUUCUGUGUCUGCUGCGGGGGGGAAAGGCGCUUGAGAAAUGGGUGGAUCUGAAAGUGCAGGCGGCCUUUUGUGUCAAAGUAUCCAAGCAGUACUGCGCAUGCGCAUGCGCCGGGGGGGUUGUCCGGCUGUUUGCGGUGAACACGCUCACCUACGUUGCCACGUUGCCGAAACCCGUUGCUCUCAAGUAUCAUCUUGCGGGAGGAAACGCGCAACCGUCAGCACCGGAGGCGUUCCCGGACGCCGUUGGGUGCUCGUAUAUCGGAGAGAACAAGCUGGCCGUGGUCUACUCCGACCACAGCCUCUACAUUUGGGACCUGUCCACCGUUUCCCACAUCACGCUCGUACGCUGCUUCCACGGUCACGGGGCUUGCAUCUGGGACGUCGCCAGUCUGCCACAAAGCGCUCCAACACAGCCCGGGGAACGCUCCCCCGGGCUCGCGACGUGCUCGGCGGACGGGAGCAUUCGUCUUUGGAAUUUGGAGGAGCGGGGGGGGCAAGGGGGUGCGUUGGUGCCGGGGUGUCAGGAGCUCCUCGGCGCCUUCCACCUGGACGGCCCCGCCGUUCUGUCCGCCGGGGACGCCGUCCGUCCGUCCGGGUUCCGCUCCCUGGCAGCCCGGCCGGACGGGCGCCACGUAGCGGCUGGAGACCGGAACGGAAACCUGCGCGUGUAUGAUCUGGAGACCGGAAAGCUAGUGAGCUUCCAGGAAGCCCACGACUCCGAGAUACUGACGCUCAACUAUCUCGAGAGCAGCUCCGGGGGCCAGAACGACGGCAGCUUGCUCGCGUCGGGGGGAAGGGACCGGCUGAUCCACCUGUAUGACGUCAGCAGGAACUAUGACGUCAUCGAGACGCUGGACGACCACUCCGCGUCCAUAACGGCCGUCCGCUUCGCAUCCGACGGCUCCCGCCUGCUCAGCUGCAGCGCCGACAAGUCCAUCGUCUUCCGGUCACUUUCGCCGGGCGCUUCCGGGGUCAAGUCCAUACGCUAUCACCAGGAAGUUGCCUCACGGGGAAGCUUAUACGAUUUGGACGUGGACCCGGGGGAUAAGCUGGUGGUGACGGCCGGGCAGGAGAAACGGCUGACGUUGUACAGUCUGGCGACAGGCAAACCGGUGCGGAGCUUCCGACCGGACAGUGACGCCGGGGAGCCGAUCAAGGUGAAGAUGGACCCCGGGGGAGUCUCCCUUCUGUGCAGCCACUCCGACAAGUCCAUCCGUAUCUUCGACGUCCAGUCGGGCGACCUCCUCGCGAAAGGCACCGGCCACUCGGAGGUCUGUACCGGGCUCGUCCUCAGCCCCUCGUGCGCCCAGCUCAUAUCCGUAAGCGGCGACAGCUGUAUCUUCGUCUGGCAACUGCCCGGAGAUCUCACCCGGGCGAUCCGCCGGAAGGCGGCCGCGUUCGCGCGCCCAUCGGCACCCCCCCUGCCCCCAUCGCUUAUGCCCAUUCCCCCGGAUACGAGCUCGGUUGCGGUGGGAAAGCCGUCGGUUGAAAAGCCGGGGGCGGAAGCCCCGUUCACUUUCCCGGUUCCAGCGGAAGUUCUUGCGGAAGCGCGGCCGGCGGUUGGGGAGGAAGAGGCUGACGUGGAGGAUGACGUCAGCGCCAUCGAUUUCAAGAUGAGCGUGUCGAAGCUGCCGUCGUGGGCGCGGCCGCAGGGCGCGGCGGGCGCGGCCGCGGGCGGCAGGGGCGGUCAGCGCCCGGUCGUGGUGCCCGGGGAAUCGAGAUGGGCUCAGCGCAUUGGUCAAAAGGGAUACCGGCUCUUCUCAGAGGGCGCCGAAGACAGCAACUGCCCAGGGAGUUCUACCGUGCGCACAACGCUGUUUCCGAAAGCAAUUCCAAUAAUUUUCCUCCGCUCGCAGCGCAUUGGACAAGAGGGUUACCGGCUCUUCUCAGAGGGCGGCGAAGACCCCAACGGUCCGGGGGGUUCUACCGUGCGCGCGAGCGGGUUUGGCCAGAGCCGAAAGUUCACCACGGAAAAGACCGCCGGGCCCGCUCUGAUGGAGAGCUUCAGCGAGAACGACGCGGAAUCCGGCUUACGUCGGCACAGCUCGGAUGGCGUCAGCGACGCGGCCGCGUAUCCCGGCCGCGGGGCGCGGCGCGCGAGCGAGGGGGACGGGACGAGCUACAUUCUGGAAGGUGCUUCGAGAGGUGGGGUUCAGAGGACGGGCGGAGAGAAGGGGGGGGAGAGAGAGGAAAAAGAAGAAGGAGAGUACAGCUCUGACAGCGACUUUGACGAAGAGGAAUCCCCUAAAACUCAGGAGAAGGAAGACUCGGAAUCGGAGAAGAUAAAGAGAGUGGAUAGAGUGACGGGAGCUGAAAUGGCAAACGGCGGUGUGAACGGGCUCGAGGUAGGUGUAAACGGGACUGGGGCUGGUGUGAAUGUCCCCGAGGGCAGUGCGAAUGGGCCGGAUAAUGGUGUGAACGGGCCGGAGGCGUGGGACGACGGCGAUGAGGUGGAGUUGGGAGAGGAGAUGGAGGACAGUCCGCGGACGGACCUGUUUGCGGACCACUUCGACAGCCUCAAGCGGCAGACUCCGGGGAAUCAACUCACGCUCAUCUAUCCCCCUCAGGUUGACACAAAUCGUCAGAGCCUCUCCGCCCGCUUCUUCGCCCGCCUCAGCCUCAGCCCGCCACCCCCCUCCGACGCCCCCGCAUCGGACCCCCCCGAGAGCCCGUCCGCCGGCGUCCAGAUCGACCUCUCCGCGGACGAUGACGACAGCCUGACGUCACAGCGCGAGCGCCUGAAGCAGCGCGACCGCGCGAGCCGCAUGGCGGCCGAGGUCGCGCGCCUGCGCGCGCGCAUGUCCGGCCUCGGCAUCGCCGUCCUGCCGCGGCAACCGGCGGACGCCGCGGUGAUGUCACCUCCCGCGUCACUACCGGCUGAUGUGACGUCAUCCUCCGGAGGCGAAGUUCAGGCUUUGAGCGGCGGCGGAGGGACGGACAGUGGGGCGUCGCAGAAACUAGAAGUGGGAGCUUGGAUGGUAUCUGACCGGGCGGGAAAAGCGGUUACUCCCCCGGGGACUCUGGACGAGGCGACACGCAAUUCUUCCUUCCAGGGGGGUACAGCCAGCGCAGAAGACUCCGGUAUUGCGACCCCCCCGCGAGAAGCAUCUUCGCAAUUGGAGGGGAGCAGCAAUAAGGGACCGGAAGCUGGCGUCUUGCCUCACGCUUCGAGAACUAGAGGUGGGGAAACUAGAGGUGGGGAAGAAACCGCGGAAACUGUUCCCCCUCGGCGACUGAGCCCCUGGGCUGCGCGCACCAACCCGCUCUUCGAUUCGGAACACGCCAGGGGGGAAAGCCCACCAGGCCCGGUACCCCCCCUCAACGCGGCCGCGCGCCUCGGCACCGCGGCCGGCUCCGAAACCCCAAACCCUGAGGCCCUGGAAGGCGCUGACGAAGAUGAAGCGUCCCCUUGUGACGAAGAGGUCAGGAGGAGGAGCCACUUGUCGCCUCGCGACGGCGGCCACGUGUCCCCGGGGACCCCUCCCCCCGAGCGGUCGCAGUCCCCCGACCUGGAUCACGAGCGGAACCAACGGACGGAACCCCCCUCGGAGCCGCUCAUUCUGGACCACACGAAAAGGAACAACACUACCCGGACAGCCUUAGAUGCUCGGUUUGGAUCGCCGAGCUUGGCCGAAGGCAUCCCGACCCUUCCUAUGGCUGGCCAGAAAGUAGACCGGGAAAUUUCACCCGCUCUGUCGACUGAGUUGUCCUUUCCCCGGUUGUUAGAAGCGGGGAGUGAGCCAUCUCCUCGCUUGGCUUCUCCGAAGGCGGAAGUGUCUGACUCAGAAGACGACGCCGAAGAGUUGCAAACGGUGGCUCUUUCCGGGGAGGCACUUAGGGUGGCAUCCAAGGACUUUGAAGAGCCCAAUGAAAAUAAGAAAACGAUUGCGGCAGACGGUUAUGAAGGAGCGGUGGCUUAUAAGACUAGAGGAUCGGGUGGAGAGGAUGCAAACGAUGAUAUCCAGAGAGUUCCGCAACGAAAAACAUCAGGCGAGGAAGCGCAGAAAGUCGAGAGUAGAGCUGCAUCUGACGCAGGUAUCGCUCCGCGCUUUGCGCUCGCGGAAGGUCACUCCCUCGGUGAUCUUGCCUCCGUGUCGAGCGAAGACACGGCUGAAAGAGAAGCCGAACGAACGGCUGCAGAUGGCCCGGAGCGAACGGAUCGAACGGCUGUGGACGCUUCCGAAUCAGCCGACGCUUGCGGCGGACAGAAGACAGUACCGUCCGAAGCACGAACGGAACGCAGCGGAGAUGCGGAUGUAUGGAGCGGUGCCCCAGAAGCUAGAGAACCGGUGCAGUCACUUAGGAACAACCGGGGGCCUUCCGCGCUUGGAUCCGUCGACGAAGACUUGGAGACGGUGCAGUCGGACGGGCCGGAGAGCUUGCCCCAACUGCAAAGCCAAGGCUUCGCGCCCCGGGCCCCUUCCCCGGACGCCCCUCUCCGGCCGCCCCUCCCCGUCACGGAGUCGGUGGAGCUCCCCCGCCCGACGGAAGAAUACCACUCCGCGCUGCGCGCGCUCGUCGACGCGGCCGACCGCGCGUCGCUCCUGUUUGAGGAGCUCAAGGCCUUCAAGGCUGUCGCCGUCCCGUCUUCGAGCGUCACCAUCGCUUCGCCGCGGCCGCCCCCCCGCGGCCCCGACGUGUCCGCGCUCACACAAUCGUACCAGGAGUUCGUUCCGUCCGCGGUCCGAAAGCUGCAGCGGAUGAUGGAGGACACGUCGGCGCCAGGCGCGGCUGACGUCACGGGAGCGCCGCUGACGUCCGAGGCGCGUGGUUCGGUGGCAGAGAAUGGUGACGGAGCACGGGUAAAGAGCUUUGCCCAAACGCGAGGGGCUUCGGAAGGGAGAGGAUCGGUGAAUGCUAGUGUGGAUAGUAUGUUGGCGUCCGUUGAUAUGGAAGCGGUGUUGGAACGGUACAGUGAGCGGUACAGUGAACGGCUCGCGCAGCAGUUGCUAGCAAUCAUGAGCAAGAGCCUGCAGAGCAGCCACCAAUUGUGA